AUGAAAUUUCUUGUGUUGCUUUGCAUUGUGACUCUCACAUUUGCAGAUUCAAGGAUUGACUUUUUCACUAAGCUCAGUCAAUCUGAUUUCGGAAAGACAAUCUUAUAAACUAUUUAAGUUCAAGAGUAUAUAUAUAUAUUCAAUCCUCAGAAAUAAUGUCGAACGUGUGUUAUAGUUUAUUAGAUAAUUACAAGUGGACAUUAAUGCAGCCUAAACUGAACAUACAAACUACUUACAAAAUAGAAAUGGACAAAUCACAUAAUACAUUAAUGAAGCUGAUUAAGCUUUGGCUAAAGCUAAAUAAUAAAAAGCUUAAGAUGAGGCAUAGCGUAUACUUAUUAUAUCUAAUUUCCAAUAGUUCCUUUGAGAGAGGAGGAACUUAAUGAUAAAAGAGCUCAAGGUGAAUCCAAAUUUGCUGAAAAAUAACGAAAUUUAGAUCGAAUUGCUACACUUACAGCUGAAAGAGAAGAGACUAAAAAAGCCUAUGAUCAAAGAAGAACUGAAAUAGUUGGUUUAUUAGCUGCUUUGAAUUAAGGAAAAAAACUCAUUUAAUAAAUAAAAACUGGAUCUGUCUUUACUCAAUAAGAAAUUUUUGCAGAUAUUGAACAUCAUCAUAAGAAAUUCAUUUAAAGAUUUCCAGACAGAAGAGGUUUCAAUUCCUUGGUUUCCUUAUCACUUGCUAUGGCUUAGGAUUCCACAUUAAAAUCUGAUCAAUCUGCAUUAGAAAGAGUAGUCUAAGUAAUUGAAGAUUUAGCUGAUAGUUUAUUCUAACUGUACAAAUUAUAUUUGAUAUCAUUUUUAGUUAGAAAUAAGAAAUGGAAGCUGAUGAUGCUAGAGAAGCAGCAUUUUAAUAAGCUAUGUAUUAUAAUUGGAUUAAAUUAUAUAGUGCUCGAUUAGAAAUAGCUAAUCAAUCAUUAGAAGGUGCUGUUGCUUAUUUACAUGCUUAAAUUUUGAGAUUAGAAUAAUCACUCUUAGAAUUGUAAAAUGAUAUAGCCACUCAAGCUUAAGUAUAUAUUAGUUUAUAUUUUAAUUAGAUGAUUGUAAAUAAAUAGAAUGAAAAAGCAGAUUGGUUAAAUAUUCAAAGAGAUGAGACUAAAUCAUAUGGAAAACAAACUGAAAAUAGGUAUCGAAUUUUUACAUUAAUUUAGAAAAUCCCAAUUAGAUUUAUUAGGAGAAACUGAAAAUGUAUUUAGCAAAGGGCCUUUGACACCUGAAUAGCAAUCGUUCUUAUAACAUUUAAAGUGAUU